GGUUCCAGUUGUCCCUGCUUAUGAAAUAAUCUUUGUGUCUCUUUCCCAGACUCACUGCUCCUAAGAUCCCAGAAGGGGAGAAAGUAGACUUCGAUGAUAUUCAGAAAAAGCGUCAGAACAAGGACCUCAUGGAGCUCCAGGCUCUCAUCGACAGCCACUUUGAAGCUAGAAAGAAGGAGGAGGAGGAACUGAUUGCGCUGAAGGAGAGAAUUGAGAAGCGGCGUGCGGAAAGAGCUGAGCAGCAAAGAAUCCGUGCUGAGAAGGAGCGGGAACGCCAGAACAGACUGGCAGAGGAGAAGGCCAGAAGAGAGGAAGAAGAUGCCAAGAGGAGAGCUGAGGAUGACAUGAAGAAGAAAAAGGCCCUGUCCUCCAUGGGUGCCAACUACAGCAGCUACCUGGCCAAGGCUGACCAGAAGAGAGGCAAGAAGCAGACAGCCAGGGAGAUGAAGAAGAAGAUUCUUGCAGAGAGACGCAAGCCUCUGAACAUCGACCAUCUUAGUGAUGACAAGCUGAGGGACAAGGCCAAGGAACUCUGGGAUACCCUGUACCAACUGGAGACUGACAAAUUUGAGUUUGGGGAGAAGCUGAAACGCCAGAAAUACGAUAUCACCACCCUCAGGAGCCGCAUUGACCAAGCCCAGAAGCACAGCAAGAAGGCUGGUGCCACAGCCAAGGGCAAAGUCGGUGGGCGCUGGAAGUAAAGGAGCCGAGCGGUGCGCUGCUGCAGCAGCAGAGACCGUCCCCCCUGACUCCCGCCAGGGCCGGUUAUUCCAGCUCUGCACCCUCCAACCCUCACACCCAGGCUUUUUCUGGAGCUCAGGGCCCAUCCUGCCUCAAUGCCCUCACCUUCUGGGGUCUGGGAAUAAAGUUCUCAGACUCCCCUC